AUGAUAUCGAAUGUAGUUUUAGUGUUUCUAACAUUCAUUAGUGUUGCGUUCAGUUUUUCGGACGUAGGAAAAUGGGAUUUACCUCUAAAUGGGGAAAGUUGCAAUUUUACAAUAGCAAAGUCACUUUUUAAGGAUUCACAAUUAACAAUUGCAUUAAACUGUGGAGUAAAGGAUUCAAAUAUCACAGUUCUAUAUUCAUGGAGUCGGACACCAUGUUCACCAGAUUACUUCCAUUAUUUUGAACAGAGAAUAGUUGAGUGCACAAAUAAUUUAGACAAACCAAAACUUGAUAAUUCGACUUCCUUACGAUUUUUAAAUGAAAUGGAAACACACAUCACAUGCUCUGGCAAGCAUGUGUACUAUCUACAGAACAAAAAUAAAUAUCCUAAUGUGAAUAUUAUUCAGGCUAAGACACCCCUUCUCACAGUAGAUAGGGAGGGUAUCUACGAGCUGUGGGUGUCGGUGCGCAGCAACAAGCCGUUCGACAUGUCCAUGCACGUCGAGAUGUUGGCGCCUUCGGGGUAUCUAUCAGCGGCUAUAUGGCCGCUAUUGCCGUUCUUCGGCACGAUGUGCGGGGUGUACUGCGCGCUGUGCGGCGCGUGGCUGGCGGUGUGCGCGGCGCAGUGGCGCGACCUGCUGCGCAUCCAGUACUGGAUCGGCGGCGUGGCGCUGCUGGGCAUGGCCGAGACCGCCGUCUACUACGGCGUCUACUCCGCCAUCAACAGGACCGGGUACUUCAACUCGUCGGCGUACAUAUUCGCGGCGUGGGUGUCGGUGGGCAAGCGCGCGCUGGCGCGCAUGCUGGUGGUGAUCGUGUCGCUGGGCUUCGGCAUCGUGCGGCCGCGCCUGGGCCCGGCGCUGCAGCGCGUGGGCGGCGCCGGCGCGCUGUACGCGGCGCUGGGCGCGCUGGAGGCGUGGCUGCGGCUGCGGCGCGCGCGCGGCCCGCUGCUGCUGGCCGAGGCGCCGCUGUCGCUGCUGGACAGCGCGCUCUGCUGGUGGGUGUUCGUGUCGCUGGCGCACACCAUGCGCACGCUGCAGCUGCGCCGCAACAACAUCAAGCUGUCGCUGUACCAGCACUUCACCAACACGCUGAUCUUCGCCGUCGUCGCCUCCGUCAUCUUCAUGCUGUACUCGCUCAAGUCCUACAGGAUCAUGUUCUGUAUCACCGAGUGGAAGCAGGUGUGGGUGGACGAGGCGUACUGGCACGUGCUGUUCGCGGCCGUGCUGGCCGCCAUCAUGGUGCUGUGGCGCCCCACCAACAACAACCAGCGCUACGCCUUCACGCCGCUGCUGGACAACGCGGAGGAUGAUGAUGAUGAGGAAGAAGAGCAAUUCGUGAACGACGCAUACGGAGUGAAAAUGCGCUCAACGAACGUGUCGGAAGGCGACGGCACCCCCAACCCCCCGCACCCCCCGCACCCCCCGCACCCCCCGCACCCCCACAGCCACGGCUCGCAGGCCGACGCCGACCUGCGCUGGGUGGAGGAGCACAUCCCCGCCAGCGCGCUGCCAGUGCUCGACUCUGAUGAGGAACUGCUCAAUACGAAGUUUGAAGUCUCCAAGAUGCAG